AUGUCAUCUUUACUUCGUCUUCUUCGCCUACGUUAUUUAGUCAUUAGUACAACAGUUGGUGGUAGUUAUGUAGUUCAUAAAAAAUACAAAGAAUUACAAGAUAAACUACCUGAUAUAUCAUGGAUGAAAGAAUAUAUGCCUGAAGAAAAUGUCGAUGCAUUAACAAAAUAUUUAUUUGAUCUAAGAGAUUCUAUUACAAUUCCUGACACCACUAAUUUACAAAAUCACAUUAGACAAUUACAUGAAAGAUUUACUGAUUAUCUUGUAACAACGACAUGUUCAAAAUUAUUAAUUCUCGGUCCAUCAUUAUCAUUAAAUAAUCAUGAACAAAAAUCAUCAAAUAGUCAUUUUAUAUUGGCAAAAUCAUAUCAAAAUAUGCAGACAACAAAUGAAGAACAAGAAAAAUUACGCAAAGCUGCUCAAUUCCAAGCUCAUGAACGUCAAGAAAAAAUUCAACAAGAAAUGAUGACUAUACAAAUAAAAUAUCAACGUGAAAUAGAUCGAUUAGAAAAAGAAUUACAAUCAUUAAAAAAACAACUCUUAUUAAAACAAGAUCGAACUACAAGUGGAAAAAAACAACGAAAAAUUAAAAAAUCACUUAUUGAUAUGUACAGUGAAGUAUUAGAUGAAUUAAGUGAAUAUGAUACUAAUUAUAAUAUUCAAGAUCAUUUACCUCGAGUUAUUGUUAUUGGUGAUCAAAGUUCCGGUAAAACUAGUGUACUUGAAAUGAUAACACAAGCACGUAUAUUUCCUCGAGGUGCUGGUGAAAUGAUGACACGUAGUCCAGUAAAAGUUACUUUAAGUGAAGGUCCUUAUCAUGUUGCAACUUUUAAAGAUAAUCGUAAAGAAUAUGAUUUAACAAAAGAAACAGAUUUAGCUGCUCUUCGAAAAGAAAUUGAACUUCGAAUGCGUGCAUCAGUUCGAGAAGGUCAAACAAUCAGUAAUGAAGUUAUUUCAUUAUCAGUUAAAGGUCCCGGUCUUCAACGUAUGGUGCUUGUUGAUUUACCUGGAAUUAUUAGUACGGAAACAAUAGGUAUGGCAUCAGAUACAAAAAAUUCUAUUACUCGUUUGGCAAAUAAUUAUAUGUCAAAUCCAAAUGCUAUUAUUCUUUGUAUUCAAGAUGGAAGUGUUGAUGCAGAACGUAGUAAUGUAACAGAACUUGUUUCAAAAAUGGAUCCAUAUGGUAAAAGGACUAUUUUUGUUCUAACCAAAGUCGAUUUAGCUGAAGCUAAUCUUUACGAUACUGAUCGAAUUAAAAAAAUUCUUGAUGGCAAACUAUUUCCAAUGAAAGCUUUAGGUUACUUUGCAGUUGUUACUGGCAAAGGAAAUGCUGAUGAUUCAAUAGAAUCAAUUCAAAAAUAUGAAGAAGAAUUUUUUCGAAAUUCUAAAUUAUUUCGUGAUGGAAUAUUUAAAGCUACACAAACAACAACACGUAAUUUAAGUUUUGCAGUUAGUGAUUGUUUUUGGAAAAUGGUUAAAGAAAGUGUUGAACAACAAGCUGAUACAUUUAAAGCAACAAGAUUUAAUUUAGAAACUGAAUGGAAAAAUAGUUUUCCAAAAAUACGUGAACAAGAUCGAGAUGAAUUAUUUGAAAAAGCUCGUGGUGAAAUACUUGAUCAAGUUAUUAAUCUUAGUCAAAUACCUAGUCGACAAUGGGAAGAAAAUUUAUCAAAACAUCUAUGGUCAACCAUGUCUAGCUUUAUUUUUAAUGAAGUUUUUAUUACUGCUUCUCAAACAGGAUCAGUCGGUGGUUUUAAUACAACUGUUGAUGUUAAAUUACAACAAUGGGCUGAAAAAGAAUUACCACGUCAAUGUGUUCAUAUUGGUCAUCUUGUAUUACUUGAUGAGUUUCAAGGAUUAAUUGAACGUGAACAAAAAAGUCGUUCAUAUGAUCCAAUUACUAAUGAUUUAAAAAUGCAAGUUGUUCAAGCAUGUCGUUCAAGACAUCAAUGGGAUUCUAAAGCACUUGACUCACUUAGAGUUAUUCAAACUCAAGCAUUACAAGAUCGUAAUGUACCAGAUAAACAACAAUGGGAAUCAGCUAUUAAAUUUAUGGAAAAUACUUUACGUAAAGAAUUAGAACAUGAAGAAUCAGAAUUAUUAUCAAAUAUAAAUCAAAGUUCAUGGAAGAAAUUCAUCGGUUUUCAAAGAUCGACUAUUGAAGAAAAAUAUCGACAACAAUGUAUAAAAGAAUUAGAUAAAGUCUUGAUGAGUAGACAACAAUUAAAUCAAACAACAAAAACUAAUCAAGUGCUUCGUUCUACUCUUGAUCAAGAUGAAUUGACUGCUGUUAAAAAAAAUCUUCAAGCACAAAAAAUGGAUGUAUCUAAUGAAUUUAUAAAUGAAACAUGGCAACGUGUAUAUAAAAUUCAUUUUCUUAAACAAAAUCUUACGACAUGUAUUGAUUGUCGUCGAUUUUUUUAUUAUUAUCAAAAAGGAUUUUCUGAUCAAGGUCUUGAUUGUCAUGAAGUUGUUUUCUUUUGGCGUUUAAAACGCAUGAUUGAAAUAACAAGUAAUGCAAUUCGACAACAAAUAUCAAAUAUUGAAACUCGUCGACUUGAACGAGAAGUUAAAGAAAUAUUAGAUGAUUUUAGUGGAGAUGAAACAUUAAAAGCAAAUCUUAAAGGAAAAAGAGUUGAUUUAGCUGAAGAAUUGAAACGUGUUCGACAAGUUCAAGAAAAAUUAGAAGAAUUUAUUGAAGCAUUAAAUGCAGAAAAAUAA